CUCUCCUCUUUUGCGAGCCGUUACGCGCCGGCAGCGAGACCGCGGAGCGAAAAGCAGGUGUUUACCUCGGUGCUCACCCAGAGCACGAGUAGCGGGAAACGCUAUACAUAGUCUAGUACGUGGGAGAAGAGCAAGGGAGCUAUGGCCUGCUAUAAAGCUUCAGAGGAGCUCUGCUUGGUGUCAGCUAUGUCUUGUGUCACCGGAAAGCCUCGUUUUAUCACACGGCCAUGGACUUUUUCGUCCUUGGUUUGACGGCAUUGGCCGGCGUGUCUGCUCUUGACAUCAAGGUUGCAAACACGGGCGGCAACGCCACCUCGGGAAAGCAAUAUGGGAUUAUGUUUGAGGACAUCAACCACUCUGGCGAUGGCGGCAUUUACGCGGAGCUCAUUCGCAACCGCGCAUUCCAAGGUAGCGCUGUCUUCCCUUCCACCAUCGAACCAUGGACAUCAAUCGGCGACGCCCAAUUGUCUUUGCAAAACCUGUCCGAUCCUCUGUCGUCUGCGCUACCCACGUCCCUAAACGUUGCAGCUUCCAGCGGCAAGGUUGGGAUCUCAAAUCCUGGAUAUUGGGGUAUUGAAGUCAAAGUACAGCAAUACAAUGGGUCAUUCUGGGUCAAGGGUAACUAUAACGGGUCAUUCACUGCUUCGUUAUACGACUACCUCUCGAAUGAGACUGUUGGAAGUGUUGAGGUGCCAUCAAAUGCUUCAGCCAGCGAGUGGCAGGAGCAUUCUUUCACGUUGACGCCGGAGAAAGCCGCGGGCGUGAACAACACUUUUCAGAUCACCUUCGAUGCUUCGGCUACGGACGGUUCUCUUGAUUUUAAUCUUAUCUCUCUUUUCCCGCCAACCUAUAAUAACCGUCCCAAUGGCAUGCGCCCAGAUCUCAUGGAAGCUUUGAAGGGCCUCAACCCGUCCUUCCUUCGUUUUCCUGGCGGCAACAAUCUGGAAGGUAACGAUCCUCCUUAUUACUUGAAAUGGAACGAGACAAUCGGUCCGCUCAAAGACCGUCCCGGCUACCCAGGGACAUGGAGCUAUGAAAACACGAACGGUCUCGGGCUCGUAGAGUAUUUGCACUGGUGUGACGACCUCGGCAUGGAGCCUGUCCUCGCUGUGUGGGCCGGUUUCUACUUGGACGACCCUGUGAUCCCCGAGGAUGAGCUGCAGCCCUACAUUGACGACGCGUUGAACGAGCUUGACUUCAUCAUGGGCGAUCAAAACACGAAUUAUGGUGCUCUUCGUGCUUCUCUCGGUUACCCUGAUCCUUGGACUAUCAACUACAUCGAGGUCGGCAAUGAAGACAACCUUGGCGGUGGUGGUAGCUCGUACGAGUCGUAUCGCUUCCAAGCCUUCAAAUAUGCCAUCAAUGAGAAGUACCCAGAUAUCCUUGUUAUGGCUAGUACGGCCGAUUUUGACUUUGCAGAGACUGAAGAUGCUGGAGAGGAUUACCAUCAGUAUACUCGGUCGGACUACUUUGUUUCGCAGUUCAACUUCUUUGAUAACUUCAUCACCGGCUUCAAGACGAUGAUAGGCGAAUACGCUGCGGUGCAACCCAACAUCCCAGAAGGCGGUGGCACCGAUUGGAACGCGGCCCGAUGGGCUUUUCCCAUGUGGAUUGGGACAGUCUCAGAAGCCGUGUUUCUCAUCGGAGCUGAGAGGAAUGCGGAUAAGAUGUUCGGCGCAGCUUAUGCGCCGCUCUUCCAAAAUCUCGACUCCUACGAAUGGGCUCCCGACCUAAUCUCCUACUCUGCGAAUACUUCGGCUGACGUCCUCUCUACCUCAUACCAUAUGAUCCAACUUAUGUCGGCUCAUCGCAUUUCUACCACCCUUCCCAUCGACUCCCCAUCUUUCGAUCCGGUUUACUACGUCGCUGGACAUUCGAAUUCGUCUGACUCAUACAUUCUGAAAUCUGCCAUCUACAAUUCCACCGAAACGGUCUCUAUGAGCGUCACGUUUGACGGUGUCAGCGAGGGUGCAGAGGGAACUUUGACGGUGCUGACUGCUCCCGAUCCGUUCAGCUACAAUGAUGUAGGCAGUGAUGUCGUGAAGAACACCACGAUUAGCUUGACUGCGGGAAGUGAUGGUGUGUUUGAGUUCGAUCUGGAUGAUCUGAGUAUUUCUGUGCUGGAGGUCAAGGCAUGAAUAAGGCCUGCCUGAUGGAAGAAAGAUAUU